AUGCCUUCACCAGAGACAAACAAGUCCAAUGCCGCCACCGGUGGAUCUGCUGUGCCAUCGGCUACCAGGGCUGGUGAAGUCGGCACUUCUCAGGCUCAGGGAAGCGGGAGUCACCCUCUGACCCACUCCAAUCUGGCAACGCAUCAACGAGCCAGUACACACACUUCGGGGCCAAGCCCAAUGGAUCGCUGGCUGCUCGAUCCCGACGAUCGACUCGUUCGACAGAGGGUCGCGAAGUACUGGGCAGAGCUGCUGGCCCACGACGACGUUGCGAAGGCCAUCCAAGAGGUUAGGCACCAUGAGCCCAUACACAAUACAAUGCCAGAAUGUCUAUCUCUAUGUGCCAGCCGUGAUCGAGGCCGUUGUCCGUUCGUAUCGUACACAUUCGUCCAAGUGGAAAGUCCGUCUUCGAGUAUCUCAAGGUGUCAUUUUACAGCCGCAAGUGCAGUCUCAGAGGCCAUACUCGAGAGUGUUGAUGUCCGUCUCGUUGCCAACGGGGGGAGGCAAGUACCGCUUUGGCCUGCGAUGGGGCCAUCCAGAAAGAGGCGCCGUGAAUUCUCAAGAAGAAAUGCCAAAGAUCCUCAGCUCUCAUCCUUGACGCCUUCCGCAUCCGGGCGUGGGUUGCCAGUUCUCGUCCUGCCUUCGUCUUCCCUCUUCAAAGCAGCACGCUGUCUCCGCUUGGUCCUCUUGGCUCUCUUGGACUUCUCUGCAGUCUUCCGUGCCUGCUCCAAAGCAUCCACCUCUGGCUUCUCCUCCUCUUCCUCUAUUUCCUCCUUGAUGCCCUCCGCCUUCCUCUUCCGCUGCUUCUUCUUGUCGGCCGCAUUGGGCUCUGCGGGCUUGGCUGGAGGCUCGGCAGAAGACUCUUGCUCGACCUUUGGUUCCUGGGCCGCCAGAGCCAGAGAGCGUCGUCUGCGGAUCGUCACAAUGUAUUCUGGCAUAAUCAAGGAUUACAAAUUAACGUACGUUGCGACCAUUGUAUGUCGUUGA